AUGCCCGAGCGGAAGGGGCGGGGCCGAGUGGCCCUUUCCGCGACUGCGCCACGUCCGAGGAGGCUGUGGCCGCUCUGUUGACGGAGCCCCAGGCCGGGGCCGGGCGCGAUGGCGGACUGGGCUCGGGCUCAGAGCCCCGCCGCUGUGGAGGAGAUUCUAGACCGGGAGAAUAAGCGGAUGGCCGACAGCUUGGCUUCCAAGGUCACCAGGCUCAAAUCGCUGGCCCUGGACAUCGAUAGGGACGCAGAAGACCAGAACCGGUACCUGGACAGCAUGGACUCGGAUUUCACAAGCAUGACAGGCCUGCUCACAGGGAGCGUGAAGCGCUUUUCCACAAUGGCGAGGUCUGGGCGAGACAACCGGAAGCUUCUGUGUGGUAUGGCCGCGGGCCUGAUCGUGGUCUUCUUCAUCCUCUCGUAUCUCCUGUCAAGGGCAAGGACAUGAGCCACUAGGAACUGGCUUCUGUGGGUGCUUGGGACUACCAGGGUCUUCCCCUGCCUGGUGUCCUAGGCUCCAGAGGACCUAUGUACAAAAUACUCCUUUGAAACGAUGAUCGUAGCUUGGGAAUCUUCUUCCUGUGUGACUUCCUCUGCCCCAGUGAGCUCCUGUUGGCUGGUCCCAUGUGCGCAAGGGUCUCUUUCAAUUGGGGAGACCAAGGCCCAGCUCUCUGUACUACUGCCGGUGCUAGAGGCUCUUGCAGAGCCAGGUCUGAGCAGAGCAGCUGGGAAUCCCGGACAUGGCUACGUGUGGCUAACAGCCUUGCCCUGUUCCUUGGGGCUUUGACGUCUCAAGGUUCUGCCCCAUCCUUGGCUCUGGGUAGGCCACAUCUGAUAUCUGAGGUGCCUGGAGCUGACACAGGAAGGGGGUGUGGCUGUGAACUUUGAGCCCCAUUUCUACUUAGAGGUGGCAGAUACGCUUUCUAGGGCUGCUGAGCAUGGGCAGAUCGGUGUCGAGGGUUCUGCCAUGAGGCAUUGCCUGUCCUCCGGACCCUCGGGGAAGGGCAGGGUGUUGUGGAUGAAGGUGUGGACUGUACCCUUGGCUGGAGUUCCUGGGCCCUAUGAGAUCCAGUCCUUCUGGAUCUCACAGUCUUGUAUCCAGGAGCAGAAACUCCCAUUUUCUCAGAAUUCAAGAGCUACUCAACACCAAAGAUGUAUUUCCGGGACACCAGACCUUUAGAAGCGGUUCCAUCUGGCAGAGUGUGUGUUGAGGGGGUGCCUUCUAUGGGUCAGGACAGGAGGCUUCCCCACAAGGACUCUCUUUAUAGGACCCAUAGGUCAUUUCUGGAGUGUCAGCAGGCAACUUCCCCUCCACCAAGCGAGGCCCUUUGACAGUGAGUACCGCCUUACUAAGGGGACUCUUAGUUAUCUCCGCAUCCCCAGCCUCUGCACACUGCCCUCCAUACCCACCCACUGUUCCCAGGGCCCUCACUGCCUAUUUGGCCAGCCCCAUGUUCACACAAAUCGAACCACAAGCCCAGCUGGACCAGCGGCUUCUCACGCCAUAGUGAGGUAUUGGCACCUCGCUUGUGCACAAAUACAUGUAACAAACGAUUCAUUGACUCCGUGUCCUUCCCCAUCUUCGGCCAUCCCAGUUACUUUCCCUUACUUUCUGAGGACUGUUGGCUCCCUAUCCACCUCCUUUUCCGGAUCACACACAUUGACCACACGUCAGCUCUCUUGGCCCCACUUUGCUCUGGUCUCCAGCCCUGGGCACCUCCCCUGUGGCACUGAGGCCUGUUCUCCCAUCUUCUGUCUUGUCUUCCUCUCUGUUGUCCAUCCAGCAGGCCUGGCCUUUCCUCACAUGGUCAUUCCGUUAUACCUGCUGCCCUCAGCCUCCUGGAGGAGAGGAUCCCCUUUCUACUUCUGCAUGCUCUGUUCUGACUACCUCUGCUCUUCCACAUGCUAGUUUCUCAUCCAGUGUGGUCGAUUGACCUGCCUCUGUGUCUCUGGGACUUUGCUGUUUCUCCUUACUCCUUGACAUUCCUUCUCAGGCUCCCACUGUCCUGCCUCCCUCCCCAGUCCCCAUGCUCUAUGGCUUUGACUUAGCCCUCUGCUCAUUUCACAUUAAAUUUCGCCACACGGGCAUGUUCACUGGUCACCAAGCUUAAUAGAGGCUGCCAAGGGCACUGCAGACACAUCCUCACCCUGCAUCUCCUGCUCUUCCUGGGCCUGUGGUGCUGACCUCACUUUCCGAGAACAUGCUCCAUUGUGGGAGCCACAGCACACUAAGCAAGCUGUGCUUGCCUAUUCUGCUGAUGCAGACUAGUUUAGAUGUUUUGUUUUGGGGGGUCUUGCCGAGUGCUUUCUGCUGUCUCUCUGAGACUCCAGCUGCAGUGUUCUCUCCUGAAGUCUCCAUCUCUGUCUCUCCAUCUCCACUUCUAGCUAUUUUGGGGGCUGGGUUUUAGUUCCUUUCUGGUUUACCUUUUGGUUUCUCAUUCUCACUGCAUUGGGGUGGAUUCCAUGAGGGGGGCCUGCCUGCAAUUCUGCCAGCCUGUCAGAGCCUUCACCCUCCUCCUGCUCAGCCCUGUGCACUCAGCACCUACUUUUGUGCAUAGGCAGGGUUUGCUUACAUUGGUCCCUGAGACUAGUAACAAAAAGGACCUAGGGACCCAGUCUGUGCCAAGUGAGGACACACUGCCAUGCUCUAUUCCAUAAUUCAAGGACAAGGCGUUUAACAAUAAAAAUUUGGAAUAAACA